CCUCUCACUCGCACGCCAUCGUUCUAUUUUCCAAGUUAUUCUAGUUCGGAAUUCAAAACAGUAAUAUUUAUAAUCGACACGAAUCAAACUUUUCAAUUUGAUUUAGGAACUAAACUUCAAAUGUCAAAAUUUGAAAUUUAGAAUCGCAUACGUUUCGUUACUGGUUUGAAUCAAUCGUUUCGAACCAUUCGUCAAGACAAACCAUAAUAGUGCUCUAGUGUUUCUGUGUGAUGUUAAACCUAAGUGUCUAUGUGCAUGGAAAGCAGGGUGACACAGUGAGUUCAAAUAUGAAUAUUUCAUUCGGCUUUCUCGUGUCGUUUGUCUAUCGUCGCUCACGUUUGACGCUAUAGGUUUUAACAUAAGCAGUUAAAAUGUUAAGUCAAGCCCGAUGGUUGAUGGUGGUCCUGGCGGCGACCAUGGCGCUGCAGUCGCGGGGGGAGGGGGGGAUUCGUCUGCCGGAUCAGCCGCCUAAAGAGGAGACCGAGGGGAGAUCGCUCAACUUCGGAGACCAUGGGAGAUCGCCUCAGGCCCAAGGCAGAGGUCUUCUCGACUGGCUGGGCUUCGGCGAAGACCAGGACCCCUAUGUACAGCAGGCGACCCAGCAGUGCAUCAACGGUGACCUGGCUGACUGCUUCAAAGCCCAGGCGCUGAGAUCCUUCGAUGACUUUUUCGACAAACAGGCUUACCAGUUAUCAGAGAAUGCUGUGCUGGUGAAACGUGAAGCGCAAGCUAGGGCCCUAGCCCAUGAACCCCCUCAGUUGGAGUCGCAGCCCAGGAGCAGUGACUCUGACUGGGAGGCCCUGGUCAAAUUCGGCAUGAGGAAGAUUGAGCGGUUCCUGAGACAAACUGCUCUAGAGAUGCAACUGGAUGAUGACGUCACGUCCGGCGGGGUCAUCGCACCCAGGUUCAUUGAUGAGAUAGCUGACGAAGUCGACAUCAUUGAAGACAAGAAGGCUCCUCCUUUCCGUCGCCACAAGCUCAAGAAACUCAUAAUUCCCAUGCUGCUGAUCCUCAAGUUGUUCAAGCUGAAGCUGCUUCUCUUCCUGCCCCUCAUCCUUGGUUUGGCCAGCUUCAAGAAGUUCCUAGGUUUCAUGGCUCUUAUUAUCCCAGGAGUGAUCGGCUACUUCAAGUUCUGCAAGCCCAACCUGACCUCCCCGUUCUCGUCGAGUCACUACUCCGGACCUCAGUACUCGCCUGCUGGCAUUGGCCUGGGCGUGGGACCUUACAGGGAAGGUCCUCAGCAGUAUGGACAUUAUGAGAGCUACCCUGGUGGUCACAAAUAUGGGUCAGGAGGCAUCUCUUUCCGAGAACAUGAACACAAUCCCCAGGACUUGGCUUACCAGGGCUGGGAAUAUAGGAACAAGAAGGGAACAGAGGAUAUUAAGGCAGGAGACGCUUGAGACUGAGAGAUAUUUAUUUUAGGUUAAGUCCAGUGCCAAUGUGUUAUUUGUGUGCUAUAUUGUGUUAUUUAUUAUAUAUUGUACUCUGAACACAAUUGCGACACGACACGACGCGAAUCAACGCUACCCAACCUUCUUAUAAGAAUGUUCAAUGCGACGCGACGCAAUCCGACACGAUGCCAACUAAUUACUUCAAUAUCCUCAAGACCAGUACAGUAAGCUUCUUGUAGUAUUUUUAGGUACUUAGAAGAUUAGGUUGGUAUUUAUAAAUACUACAGGUGUUAAACGCGCACGUACCGUACCUUUAUAUUAUUUCGGACGGACAUGUUACAAUGAUCCGUGGUCGCCUAGCGAAACCUUAAUAGUAUAAUGCAACGCGAAGGUUUAAAAUCAGUAUGGGUUAGCUAGUCACAUCACCCCAAAACACUGUCUUUAUUAUGUAGCAGGGCACGCUUUUGACCCCUCUGUAUCGUGGAUGCAAUGCUAGUGCAUUAUUAGAGAUGCCUUAAAGUUUCACCACACUUUUUAAGGGCUAUCUAUUAAAAAAAUGAAAACGGGGUAUAUUCCUACAAAAGCUUUAAGCUCGUUGCGAACGGACACAGUCAAUUUGAUAAAAACACAUGAAAUUCAGUGCUUUUGAUUUAUUGUUGCGCAGUGUAGUGUCUUUAAUGCGUUAAAAUUGCCCCACAAUAUGCUUUGGUUCUUGGUCGCGUUGCGUCGCGUCGUGUCGUGUCGUAAGUGUGCAGACUUUAUGAUGUUGUCUUGCGAUCCACGUGCUAUAUUAACGUUGGCAAGAUAACCAGAAAUUCUUCUCAGAACUAUCGACGUAGAAAUUGUGUUUAAAAAAUUCCAAAUGAAAUUCCACGACUCAAUGGUAUGUAUAGUGAGGAGCGUAUUUACCUUGUUCUGUUUUUUUUUAAAUUCAAACAACACGUCUUUAUCAUUUGCGGGUAAACCUUAAGCUUAUUAACGUUUUGAAUGACUUAAAAAAAUGUAUCAAACCUAAUUUAGUGAUUUUGUUAAAACGAGUAGAAUACGCUCCUAACUGUACAAGUUCUAUUUUUGAAAUAACAAGCUUUAAAGCCAGUAUUUAAAACUAUUUCAUAUAAAUAGGACGUUCGCCGUUAAAAAAUAGUUUUUUCAGAAGUUAAAAAUUAUGUUUUUAAACUUCAAAAUAAAAAAGUAUUAUUUUUAUUAUUUCUAAGUCACUUUUUUCACAUGUAUUGGAUAAAACCAUUUCUUUUGUUUUUGUACAGUUGUGUAGCUUACGUAUGAUUGCGUUCUUAAUUUAUUUAUUCUAA